CAAUAAAUUCACGCUGUCAUUGCGUAACAGCACCGCAGUCAGUCAGCGCUGCCUUUCCUCUGCUCGUUUUCCCCAAUCAUGGCAGCUCCGAAGAAAGUCUGCAUCGUGGGCUCUGGAAACUGGGGCUCUGCCAUCGCCAAGAUCGUGGGGACCAAUGCCACUCACAAUUCAAAGUUUGACAACGUGGUGAAAAUGUGGGUGUUUGAGGAGAUGGUGAAUGGCAGCAAGCUGACUGAAAUCAUCAACACCACCCAUGAGAACGUCAAGUAUCUUCCCGGACACAAACUCCCAGAGAAUGUGCUGGCAGUGCCAGACCUGGUGGACGCCUCUAAAGAUGCAGACAUCCUGGUCUUUGUGAUCCCCCAUCAGUUCAUCGGUAAAGUGUGCGACACCAUGAAGGGCAAGAUUAAGAGUGACGCACUGGGGAUAUCCCUCAUUAAGGGCAUAGACGAGGGCCCUGAUGGACUCAAACUCAUUUCUGAUGUCAUCCAAGAGAAACUCGGCAUCACAAUGAGCGUGCUGAUGGGGGCCAACAUUGCCAAUGAGGUUGCAGACGAGAAGUUUUGCGAGACCACGAUUGGCUGUAAGAACAAGAACCACGGAUCUCUGCUGAAGGAGCUCAUGCAGACCAAGAACUUCAGAGUGACUGUAGUUGAAGAGCUUGACGUGGUGGAAAUCUGCGGCGCCCUGAAGAACAUUGUGGCGGUAGGUGCAGGCUUCUGUGACGGCUUGGGCUUCGGGGACAACACCAAAGCAGCGGUGAUUCGGCUGGGCUUGAUGGAGAUGAUCGCCUUCGCCCGCAUUUUCUGCACCGCCGGACCCGUGUCCUCCGCAACCUUCCUGGAGAGCUGCGGCGUGGCUGAUCUCAUAACCACCUGCUAUGGCGGACGCAACCGUAGGGUGGCCGAGGCUUUUGUGAAGACUGGAAAGUCCAUCGAGGAGCUGGAGAAAGAGAUGCUGAAUGGUCAGAAGCUGCAGGGACCAGCGACCGCAGCAGAGGUUCACCUCAUUCUCAAACACAAAAACUUGAUUGACAAGUUCCCUUUGUUCAACGCGGUGUACCAGAUCUGCUUCCAGGGCCAUCCGGUCACAGAGUUCAUCAGCUGUUUGCAGAACCACCCCGAGCACAUGUAGAGGGUAGCGUGCUUCCUUCAUGGUGGACACGACCACUUUACAGUUUACUGCCAUAAGUGAACGGAGGACAACGCAGCACUCCACAGCUGCCGGGCGACUUGACAUAUUUAACUUGUGAGCCCACAUCGAGGUCGGGAACAAGUGCUCAGCUUUGUUUUAAUUACAUGCAUCAAAUGAGGGUUUUUUUGUGCUCCUGUUCCAUAUGGAGGAUAACUUUUUAGACGUUUUUGUACUUCCAAUAUUAUAACGACAGCCUUUGGUGUCUUUUUAAUCCUAGUACUAAUAUGGAAAUCUCCUCUUCUCAGAAAACUAACAAAUUCAGUUUAGGUUAAAACUCAACACCCACUGCCGUUAUGGUUACGUAGUGACAAAUAUUGAAUUCAUCUUCAGUAAAGAUGCUUUGUUGAUGCGUUCUUAAUGCCACCGUCCACUGAACACUCAGAUGUUUGAUCAUAAGGUGCAGAACCUCAUCUCAAUUAUGGUCUGCAACAUCAUUCUAAUAGCAUUAACUAUAUUUAAUGUGAAGGGAAUGUGCCUUAAACUGCAUGUUUGUUUUUCUAAAGUACUUUUAUUUGGUCUGGUUAACUCCCAGCUACAGUGUAGUGUUAUGGAACAGCUUGUUAAAAGCUUUUCUGAUCCUUCUGUCAGGAAUAUUUACCUGUUAAAAACUGCAAUGCAUCCUGGGAAGCUGCUAAGUCCCAGUUGCCAAACUGAUUAAGAACAGAAGAUUGUUCAAAUUUAAUAGAAUUAUUCAUUAAAUGUUUGUUACUGUGAUUCUGCAUACGCACAGUUCUACUCGACCAAUAGGAGUUCAGCAUAAUCUGGAUGUGUCUGGAUUAAAUUGAUUUAAAAAUCCAAA